AUUGGUAGUCAUUAAACUUAGAGAUGCAGCAACGCGGAAUAAUUUGAUUAUUUAUGGUUAUACACGCUACCAAAUAUAAUGAAAAAUACUUUUGUGAAUUUUCCUUAUGGUUUUAGUUAGAUGAUAUUUGGCGUUUAAGUAAAAGCAUGACACAGUUGCUAGGGACACAGAUUUAAUAAUUUAAUUUAACCUUAGUAUGAAGGCAUGGAAAUUCAGUCUGUCUGACCAGGUUUUUACUUUGGAAUGAGUAAAAGAACUGUUGUUCACAAUAUUAAUAUUGUAUUCAUCUAAAUGAUUAUUUGCUUUGACGAAUAGUCAUGAUAAAGAACGUUUACUCACUAAUUCAAAUCUAAACUUUUAAGCCAGCUUUGAAUGAUAUUUAUUGUUUAUUGUAAUUUGAGCUCAUAUAAGAACUAUUGACUCUCUAUAGUAAUCAUUAAUUUUUACCUCCGCGCUACAAGCGUACUUGUAUUAGGUAAGGUCUUCAUAAUAAACAAUGAUAUUUGAUAUAUACUUACGAAUCAUUUGUAAUACGUACUUUUUUCAUACAGAACAUGGCGGAUUUUUUACAACCAAAACAGACUAGAAAUGUGUUAAUUGAUUCCAUACGAAAUAUAGAUAGCAUACUUCCUGUGACAGCCUUGCCUAAUAAAUGUCUUCGCAAAUCUAUAAUUGGCUAGCUAUAAUCUAUAUAUGUCCGGUUAUUAUUCGGCAACAAAUCUAAGUCCAAAUAAUAUAUUCCGUUUGUGUGCAAAACACAAUUUGUUCAAAACACAAUUGUUGUAUAUGUUCAAUUUUUGAUUUCGUUCAAUGAAGUGCAUAAAUAUAUAUUUGAGCUGAGAAAUCAUUACCGAGCGAGAUGGCUGAACCAGGAGGUGGGGGAAGAUAUAUACCCCCACAUUUACGUGGCAAUAGAGGCCGCAGAGGAUUUAAUCCUGGUUAUCGCGGAAGAGGAGGAUACAAUGCAAAUGCCCCGCGUGGUCGAGGAGGUAAUAGACGAAGAAAUGAAGACGAUUUAUUGAUGGGAGAACAACGAGAGGAAAAUUAUGAUAAUAGGCGAUCACGAACGAGACCAAUAGGCUACAAAAAAUUGGAAGAAAUUGAAGAAAAGGAAACUCCUCAAGAUAUUGUUCUUAUACUUGGGACAGGUAAAUCUGGAUUGGAAGAGACAUUAAGAGGAGAUCGAGGUCCACUGAAUGGCGGUUUGACACAAAUGUUGCUACGAGUUUUUGGAAAGAUGUGUGACAGUGACGAAUCAACCCAAUCCUUGACUCAUAUUUUACAAUUGAUUUUAAAACAUGAUUUUCAUCAGAAAAUUAUAGACUUUUUAUUUGGACUGUUGACAGAGCACAUAAACAGACGAAGCCGAGCUCCUCUUCAUCUAAAUAAUGCAUUGAAGCUGAUGAAUUCUCUUCUGACGGUUUUGCCAAAUGAUUCGCAUAAAAAGGUAUCCAUGACAAUGAUUAUUAUUGAUAGCGUAAUUGAUGGCUUGGGAAGUGUGAAUGAAGAUGUUUAUAAUAAUCGAAUGCUGGUUAAAGACAGGCUAAACAAUUUUCAGCAAAGACAGCAGGAUGCAAUUGAAAGGGCCGCCGGCAGCAGAGAAUCUCGCUUUGACGAUUUACACUCUCAAGCACCACCAGAUAACUUCAGAGAAAUUCCUGUUUUUCCACAACUUAGUGAUAUUCACGGAACUGCACAAUUAUUCAUACGAACAAACCUAAUUGACAAAGCAUAUCAAAAUAUUGACCAUUACUUGGAUGUACAAUUCCGCUUAUUGAGAGAAGAUUUUAUUCGACCACUUCGUGAAGGAAUCGGGGAAAUCAUGCAUUAUGGCGAUCGAUUGAGGCCAAGAGGACAAGGACCAAUUCAGAACGUAAAAGUUUACAAAGACGUAAAGAUCGAAUUUAUGAAGCCAGAUCAACGAGGUAUUUUGCAUCGAAUUCAUUUCAGUUUGGAAGGAUUACAGCGAAUAAGAUGGCGAAAUACCAAACGUCUUUUAUACGGAAAUUUACUUUGCCUUUCAAGUGAUCAUUUUAAGGAAAACGUUCAUUUUGCCGUUGUUGCUGACAGAAAACCAGAAGACCUUGCUGAGGGGUAUUUAACACUUGAAUUUGUUUACGACGAAGAAGAGGAAGAACCAAUAAGACCCGAUGUAGAUGACGAUGGAGAUGAAGACUUGUUGGAAUUCUUGGAUAGCGAUGAUGAUGGAGAUGAACCCGAAAUUGGCGGUGCACGACAGCGACAGCCUAGACAACAGCCGGAACAGCCACAACAUCGUCGAUUUAACAAAGGCCUUGAUAUGAGAAAGGUUUAUACAAUGGUUGAAACUGAAGCUUAUUUUGAAGCGUACCGACAUGUCCUUGCAGGUCUUAAAGAAACUGAAGAAAUACCACUAGAAAGAUACAUUGUCCGAUGUGAAAAUAACAUGUAUGCACCUGAAUAUUUAAGACCUUCUGUGGCUGGAAGAGAUGUCAGUUAUGAUUUUUCAUCUGUCACUGAGUCAGCAUCGGGAAAAGACGUCGCUGUGUUAGGUUACGAAUGGCCUCUGUCAGCAGAAUUAGGAUUGGAUAUUUCACAAGCUGAAGCGUUAAAACUUGCCUUGACAAACGAGUUAGCAAUAAUUCAGGGACCACCAGGAACUGGAAAAACAUAUGUUGGACUUGUAAUUAUGAAGUUACUGCUGGCAAACAAAACUUCUUGGCACAUGCAACCUAGAUUUCUUCUCGGCGCUCAAAAUGAAAACAAACGUUGUCCUAUUCUGAUUGUUUGCUACACUAACCACGCAUUAGAUCAAUUUUUGGAAGGAAUUUCGAAGUUUGCCACAGAAGAUCAGACUAUUAUUCGAGUGGGCGGGAGAUGCAAAAACGAAGCGACUAAAGGAUUUUCACUUUUCAAUGUCCGACGAAAACUAAGACAAAACAGAGAUAGAGGAAAGAAUAGCGCGGCUAUACGAAAAGCCAUUUGGGAAAUUCAUGAUGGAUUGAGGUCAAUUGAAGGUCAAUUGCAACACAACUGCAACCAGUUAGAAGCAUCUUUGCAUUGUAUCCAGCGGUUGCAACAGUUAGAAGAUGUUAUUCCGAGGCAACUCUAUUCCCAAUUUCAACCAAGAAUGCCGUUGUGGAAUCAAUAUAAUUGGAACAAUACUCAGACUGAAUCUCCUGACGAAAUGUUGCUAACUUGGCUUGGUUUACGAACAACUGUGAAUGAAGUAGAUUAUGAAAAAGAAGCCAGAAGACUUCAUGAUAUUACACAAGCUAUUUUGCUCAGUUCUGGGUACACUUUAGAUGAGAUUGGACGCGCUGUUCACGCCACAGAAUCGUCAGACAUCGAGACUUUACUUACUUGGAUCAGACGGAAUCGGACUGGAUCGGGUCAAUCAUCUGGCGGGGCAACGGCAGCAACAACUCAAAAUGAAGGAACUGAAGAAGUUGAUCAGGGCGGAGACGAUGACAUUGCAGGAGAAGCUGAAUAUUUGCAAGAUCAACGUGUACUCGACACAGAUGAAUUUCCUUUGAACGCUGAAGCAAGACAAGCCAAAACUGCACGAGACAAUGAAAGAGACGUUAAACGUUUAAUGACGCAAAUGGCAGCAAUGACUUUCAAGGAUAUAGGAGAGCAGGAAAAAAGGCAGGAUGACGGAGGUUGGCAACAACAGUCUCAUGAGAAGAAAAAGAAGAAACAAAGAAUUCGACGUGAACUUGGUAAAACUACUACUAUGACAGAUCAGGAGGAAAGCAGAGUCGACAAUAUUUAUGAUUUGAGUCAAGAACAGAGAUGGAGCUUAUAUAGGACAUGGGUUAGCAGAUGGCGUGACAAAUUCCGUGUUGGAACAGACCGCCAGAUAGAGAAGUACAACAGACUUUCAAAGCAAUUACAAGAACUACGGAAACGAGAAGACGCUGAAAUAUUACAAUCAGCAGAUGUGGUUGCAGUCACAACGACAGGAGCGGCAAAAUAUCGAGAAUUGAUUUACAAGCUCAACUGUAAAAUUGUUGUGAUUGAAGAGGCAGCCGAAGUACUGGAGGCCCACAUUAUAACUUCCAUGCCAAAAACAACAAAGCAUCUCAUUUUAAUCGGAGACCAUCAGCAGUUGAAACCAUCACCGACCGUAUACGAGCUUGCUAGAAAGUACAAUCUCGAUACUUCGCUAUUUGAAAGGCUGAUCAACAAAGUACCUCACGUGACUUUGACUCUACAGCACCGCAUGCGUCCGGAAAUAGCUGAUCUUCUCAGACCACGAAUCUACAAAAACCUUCUGGAUCAUUCAAGUGUGAAAGGCAGGGCAGAAAUCGUAGGAGUUGAAAAAACUCUUUACUUUAUCUCUCACGCCGUUCCCGAAGAAAGCGUUGCAGACGGUAGAAGCAAAAAGAAUCAGCACGAAGCAGACUUCUUGGUGGCGCUCUGCAAAUAUCUUAUACUUCAGGGUUAUCGACCAGAGCAAAUUACAAUCUUGGCAAUGUAUACUGGACAACUAUUUGCAUUCCGUAACACAUUGAAAGAAGAAUCGAGUAGAGGAGUGCGUGUUACUGCUGUAGAUAAUUUUCAAGGAGAAGAAAAUGACAUCAUUUUGCUUUCGUUGGUUCGGAGCAAUGAUGAGCAAAAAAUCGGAUUUCUUGGUGUUGAAAACAGGAUUUGUGUCGCACUAUCUCGAGCAAAAAAUGCAUUGUACUGCAUCGGAAACAUGGAACUCCUUGGUACAAAAAGUUCAAUGUGGCGUAAAAUAAUUGGACAUCUAGAAGAAAAUGACAGCAUUGGAGAAAAUCUCCAACUGCAAUGUAAACAUCACCCCAAUAAAUUGACACCAGUAAAAUCUGCCACUGAUUUUAUUAAGGUCCCCGAAGGUGGAUGUGGGCAGCCGUGCAACACGCGACUUGAUUGCGGACAUGUCUGUUCACGGCCUUGUCACCCUGAUGAUCAUUCAAGUUACCAAUGUAGCAAACCAUGUGAUAAAAUACUUUGUAGCGAUGGACACAGAUGUAAACAAAAAUGUUAUCAGCAGUGUGGACCAUGUCGAGAACCUCUUAAAAAGAGAAUGCCAAUUUGUGGACACGUACAAAAAAUUCCAUGUCAUCAAGAUCCAGCCUCUUUUGGUUGUAAAGAAAUUAUUUCGGUUCUAGUAGAUUGUGGACACACCAUCAAAGUUCAAUGUCACCAGUCAUCUAUUGUAACACUGGGCAUGUGUAAAGAGAAAUGUGGCUAUUUAUUGGAAUGUCGACAUCCGUGUCGUGGAAAUUGUUAUGAAUGUUUUCAGGGCCGUCUACAUGUCCCUUGCCUGAGAAAAUGUAACAGAACUUUGGUGUGCGGACACGAAUGUAAAUCUUCUUGUGAAUCCUGUCCUCCAUGUGAACAAAAAUGCAAGACAAGAUGUGAACACAGCGAAUGCAACCAUAAAUGCGGAAAACCAUGCACGUUGUGCCGAGAAAAAUGUAAAUGGCAAUGCCCUCAUUUCCGCUGCACUCAGCUUUGUAGCGAGCCUUGCAAUCGACCACGUUGCAAUAGGCCUUGUCAGAAAAAAUUGAAUUGCAAGCACCAAUGCAUUGGCUUAUGUGGCGAACCUUGUCCGAGAUUUUGCAGAAUUUGUCACAAAGACACUGUAACCGAAAUAUUCUUUGGUGAUGAGGACGAGGACGAUGCUAGAUUUGUGCAGCUUGACGACUGCCGACAUAUUUUCACAUACGAGGGACUCGAUAAAUGGAUGGAACAGAAAGAAGAAGGAAACGCAAUUAAAAUGAAAGAAUGUCCAAAAUGCAAAACUCCAAUAUGGCGUAGCAGAAGAUAUGGAAAUAUCAUUAAUAAAUUGUUGAUGAGCAAUAAGGUUACAACGGAACGCUCUCCUCAGACGGCACUAGCAGGGAGACGAAAUACCUUGCCGUAUCAAUUGAAGUUGCUGGAAGAACAAUACAGGAGAUUAUCAAAGCUUUCAGAAAUGCGUAAAGUUGUUGCAAAACUUUUGUUGCUUGCACCCGGUUCAACUUCGAAACUAGUUGAUGUCGUCAGUCGGGAUUUGAGGAUAAUGCGGACUUGGGUUAUGCGCCGAAGAGAAUUUUCUACUCCUCAGGAGAACGAAGCUUUUCAGAGGGAGUGCAAAAAGAUCAACGAAGCAUUAAAAUAUAUUGAUGUUGAAAGAAAAUACGCCCGGCAGGGGAAACCGAGAGCCAUCGAAGUAGAUCCACUGUUCGCAUCAUUAAAAGAGUUGUUAUUUGACAAUUAUGAACCGUAUGUGGGUGACAAAAAGGAGGAAGUGAAAACACUCUUUAAGAGAAUUUUUGACAAGGUGCCGGUGAUCACAUCAGGUCUUGGUGUUUCCGAACAGGAAAAAGAAAUGAUUUGCAAGGCGAUGGGAUUUGCAGCAAAAGGUCAUUGGUAUAAAUGUUCAAAAGGCCAUAUUUACAGCAUCGGUGACUGCGGCGGGGCUACCGUAACAAGCGUUUGUCCCGAUUGCAAAGAACAAAUAGGUGGAACAAGCCAUAGAUUGCUGACAUCUAAUCGAAUUGCAUCAGAAAUGGAUGGUGCCACAAGACCUGCUUAUGACCCAAUGAAUAAUUACAUCCCUGACCAUCUUCUUCAAGACCUGCGAAGGCAAGGUUUCGAAUAAAUACCCAAAAUUUCAUUCGAACAUUGCUGAUAUAUGUACUAAAAGACUAUGCUUAUUACAAGUGCUAAUCUAGCGUUAACUUUUUUAAUUACCAGUUUUAAUAUUUUCGUCUAUAUUAGUCUUGUUACCACUUAGCCUGUCAUACAAUCACUGUCAUUUGAUUGGGUUAUCAUCAAAAUAUUAUCAUUCAUAAUAUAUGUCCUUUCCAACUCUUUACAUAUCAUCAGUAUUAAUCUAUCAACACUUGUUUUGCCCGGUAAUAAGUAAUACACCGUCUUUUGUUUCCAGCUAUAUUGAAUUCUUAUAAAAACGUUCUUACACUCAAAUGCUUAUUUCGAAACUUACAUAUUGAAAUAUUUUUUAUACUUCACUAAAUUCUGCAUUCAGUAGACAAUAUUUAGAUAAUGAUUGAUGUAUUAUUUUUAUGAUUAUCUCCGUUGAUCUAGAGUAGAUUUUGGUUUAGGCACUAAAUAGAUUAACUAAAUAAUUCCUAUUGGAAAUGUUUAUUACUUCAAUAUUUUAUUGUGUUGUUACCUAGUUUCUAGCAUUUUCCACACAGAUUUUAAGACGCCAAUGAAGUGUGUAUAUAUAUAUAUAUAUAUAUAGUCAAUAAUUAGUGUUUAAAUGCUUUCAUAUAGCAAAUAUAAUCUGUAAUCUCCCCACAUACCCUUAGGUUCAGUUAUGUGUGUCAUAUUUAUGCUUGUCAUAACGCGUAGAAUCGUUAAGUAAAUAAACGCAAUUUUAUACGUUAUAUCUAUUUCAAUUUUCCUAUCUUUAUAUGAUAAAAUUGCGCUCUGAUUAAUGGGAAUAUUUUCAACUGUAGAACUAUAUCGAUAUUAAACAUACCAAAUAUCAACUAGCUUUAAUCUUUUGUUUAUAAAACAAAUUUAGCAUACUGUAUAUCUAUUAUCAUGCGGAAAUAAAUUUGAAAAAAUGAAUAAUGCUAAUAUAUAUCGACAUUGGUCGUGUAUUGGUACCG